CUGUAUUUCUGUGAAAUGGGUGUGUGAACUUCUUUUUCUGAUUUGUUGAAUGACACACUUCAGAACUUGUACCAAAAUGAAUAACAUUCUGUUCUGUUGAAAAGGGUUGGUCUGCUCCAGGUGCUGGCAUUAGCCCAGAGCAACAAGACCUAAUAGAUUUGUUCUACAGCCAACUGGCUGUUCAGUUCCCCACUGAGGCGGCCUCUUUUUUUUCUCUCUCUCCCUCUCUCCCUAAGUUGUCAUUUAGAAUUGAUAAUUGGACACAGACUUUGCAGAGGCAAACAUCGAAUUGCAGGAAGUGCAUCUUUUGGGCUUUCUCUUAAAGUAAGGGAAAAGUCUGGAGCAUUCGGAUGAGUUGAGACAGGGAAAGAACGACUUAUUGCAGCUGUGCAGUGUGUUUCUGUCAAUUUUGGCUGGUUUGCCAGAUGAGGUAUUUGUAUGUUUCUUGUGCACAUGUAAUUUAUGAUAAGUUUUUUUGAAAACCACAUUGUUUAUGUUCAACUUGUCAAAGCAAAAAAUUUUGGGAAAAAAUGUGAAUACUUCUUCGAGGGGAGACUCCAAGGAAAUGCCAGCAGGAUUUUACGGCUUUUGAGCAGGAAGUAACCACAUUUUGCCACUCAAUGUCGCUGGCUGGGCUAGCAUUUAUUGACCAUCCGUAAUUACCCCUGAGAAGGUGGUGGUGAGCUGCCGCCUUGAACUGCUUCAGUCCAUGGGAGUGGUUCAACAGCUCCUUUCAGCACACUUUUAUGGAGUUUGUGAGAAACAGCAGUGGCUAUUGCCCAGCACAACAUAGCAUCUUCGCAGACAAGUAGAUCUGAACUUGAAAACCGCACUUUGGAUUAGCCAUCAAACGCUUUGUUUCUGACAAGAUUAGGAGAGAUAACAGACUUGGCCUGUUCAGUAUCUCCAGUUGUGUUCCUACUGCCUUGCAAUGUAUCUCCAAAUGGGGUGACUGAACUGCUGAAUGUAAAAUUAUACAUGGUUUGAAGGAGAGUACAUAACAAGUGGGGAAAAAAAGGAGGCUGAUUAAGAAGAUUCAAAGAAGAAUAUUUCCUUUUGCUGCAAUAAGAAACAUACAGUCAUAUGAACACAGUGCGCAUGUAUUGACUUGGAGAGAUUGGGACCAUAUACUGACCUUGUACUAAUAUACUUCUUUGUGCCACUGAUUCUGACCCCCAUGGCUCGGAUAAAUCGGCCUGCGCCUGUAGAAGUUAGUUACAAGCACAUGAGGUUUCUCAUUACCCACAAUCCUACAAAUGCCACACUGAGUGCAUUUAUAGAGGAGCUACAAAAAUAUGGUGUGACCACUCUUGUGAGAGUAUGUGACGCCACGUAUGACAAGACUCCACUGGAGAAUGAAGGUAUUGAUGUAAUCGAUUGGCCAUAUGACGAUGGUGAUCCACCUCCAAACAAAGUUGUGGAUGACUGGCUUAAUUUGCUUAAAACUAAGUUCACCGAACAGCCUGGUAGCUGUAUCGCAGUCCAUUGUGUUGCUGGUCUUGGGCGGGCUCCUGUAUUGGUAGCAGUUGCUCUUAUUGAAAGUGGAAUGAAGUAUGAAGAUGCGAUUCAAUUCAUCAGACAGAAACGCAGAGGUGCCAUCAACAGCAAACAGCUCUUAUACUUGGAAAAGUAUCGGCCAAAGAUGAGACUUCGAUUCAAGGCCCAUAAUAAUCACAAGAACAAUUGCGCCAUCGUAUGAAUUUGAACACUUUCAGCCAACAAUGGUUUACAGUGAUUUUUAUAAAAAAUAAAAUGCCAUUGGGUUUCCUGUCUUCAAAUCCAAUUGGAUGGUUUUUUUUC